AUGAACGAGAAAAACUCGAUUCCUGAUUCUGUUUUCGAGGAAUCUUGUUUUACAGUUGAAGAAUCUCUCAACAGCGUGUAUCGCCAAGGAAGAAAAACAGAAUCAUUUGGGCCAUUGGAAAUUAAGGUUGUUGAAAAUGGAACAUUUGAUAAGGUUAUGGAUUUCGCUCUUAGUCAAGGCGCAUCUAUAAAUCAAUACAAGACGCCUCGAUGUGUUAAAUACGAUCCUAUUAUCGAACUUCUUAACACUAAGACGGUUUCGAGUUUCUUUAGUCUACAAUGUCCACAUUGGGUUCCCGGUCAUAAGAAUUGGUGA